AUGAACGUAAAACAUAAAAUAAUUGUGCUUAAUUCAGUAAUAGGAAAAAGCCCCUGCCUCACCACCACUGUCCAUCAGUCACCACAAUCUACCACCGCUCUCAGAUCAGUCACUCAGUCACUCACUGCUCGCACACGUUUGGUUGCUAUGGAGUACUACAUGAAGAAAUCAGACAGAAAAACAAGAUGGUCAAGAUGGAUCGAUUGUUACAACAGUUCCCAGAAGAUAUUACUUGUGGGUGAAGGUGAUUUCUCAUUUUCCGCAUGUUUAGUUCGAGCUUUUGGCACUGCUAAAAACAUGGUUGCCACUUCGUAUCUUGAUCAAGAUUCGUUAUUUAAAAAGCAUUGGACGAGUAUACCACACCUUCAAGAACUUAAGAGAUUAGGGUGCUUAUUAUUGGUCGGAGUCGAUGUCUACAAUAUGGACACUAACCCAUUUUUCGAAAACACAAAAUUCGACAUCAUCAUCUUCAACUUCCCUCAUGCUGGUCAUUAUCAUUACUUAUCCGAAAGUAGCCCUAUAUUAAUCCAGAUGCAUAGGGAGUUGGUGGGAGCUUACUUCAGAAGUGCAAGCAAGAUGUUGAGUGAAGGGGGUGAAGUGCAUAUAAGGCAUAGAGAUGAUCCUCCAUAUGAUAGAUGGGAUAUUGUUUCGCUAGCUGUUGAAGCUGGAUUGGAGUUGAAGGAGAAAGUGUUGUUUGAUAAGAGUAAGUAUCCGGGUUAUCAUAACAAAAGAGGAGGAGAUGUUCAAACUAACAAGACUUUUCCUAUUGGAGAUGCUUUUACUUUUAAGUUUGUUCAAACUCAUGAUUUACCAAAGGUUGAUUCAAAGAAUGAUGAUAUCGGUUGUGUAUUAGAGAUGAAGAGUGUUUUACAUGAUGAUCGUUUUGUUCGUAUGUUCGAUGGGCUUUGUUUAAAGGAUGAUGAUGAUGAUGAUGAUGAUGAUGAUGAUGAUGAGGAGGAGGAGGAGGAGGAGGAGGAGGGCUAUGCCGAGGAUUAUGAAUAUGUUGAUGAUGAUACUGAUGAGAAGGACGAUAACAAUGACGAUGAUGAUGACGAUGAUGAUGAUGAGGAGGAGGAGGGCUAUGCCGAUGAUUAUGAAUAUGUUGUUGAUGAUACUGAUGAGAAGGACGAUAACAAUGAUGAUGAUGAUGAUGAGGGAUAUGACGAGGACAACACCGAUGAGGAGGAGUACUUUUGUGAUUACGACUAUGAAAAUGACUAUGAUAAUACAUGGUGA